CCGACUCACACACACACACAUACACACACACCUUCCAAAUUCACGUUUUGCAGAAGCUGCGAGGAAUUUACACAGAAAGCGGUUCGCGCGUCAUGUAAACGAGUACCGCGCUGAGAUUUUCCUUUCGGAAAACCUUUUAUUCUCUAGCAUUUUAGUUUUCAGGCUUACUAGCUCCCUUACUACUCUGGUUCGGCUUUUCCUUCCGGUUGAUCGGCGCCGUUUCUGUCGUCUGUGCUCCUUCGUUUCGAAAACGGAAUCGCAUCGAGUAGUCCGCAUGAGUUUGAUAAUGCUCUGUAUAUGAAACAAUGGCUAGUGAAAAUCCUAACCAAGCAACUAGACCAAUGAGGCCUGUUCAACCUCCCAUGCAUGUUUCGGCUAGUGUAAAGCCACCUACAUCAGGCGGCCCUCAGGAACAACCAGAUUCUAACAGUUUUACUCCUGCGCCAAGUUCUUGCUCACAAUAUACAGUUGGACAAAUACAUCCUGGUUCUAGGCCUAUUCUGCAAGGUAGAGGUGAAUCUGUGCCACCUCAACCUUUAUUUGGAGCUCCACAAACUGCUACCACUGUGUCAAGUUCUUCCUCAAAGUUGACACCUCUGGUUGGUCAAAUCCAUCCUAGGUUUAGGCCUGUUCUGCUUGGUAGAGGGGAAUCUAUGCCACCCCAACCUUUAUCUGGAGCUCCACAAACUGCUACCACUAUGUUAAGUUCUUGCUCACAACCUACACCUCUGGUUGGACAAAUCCAUCCUAGUUUUAGGCCUGUUAUGCUAGGUAGAGGUGAAUGUAUGCCACCCCAAUCUUCAUCUGGUGCUCCGCAAACUGCUACCCCUGAGCGGCCUCGGCUCCCCUAUUUUGAUAAAGUGCCACCUCAAUCUCUGUGUAGUGUACCACCAACUACUUUCCCAGUGCAGCCACAGCCACCCUUUAUAGUUCAAGUACCUCCUCCAUGGUUCUCAUCUGUGGAUCAGAGAUUCUUUAAGCCUUCGGUUAGACAGCCACAAAGCACAGAUAUUUCGUCAGAGAAAACUCUCAGCCGUUGGUCUUCUUUGGUUUCAUCCUGUUCUUCUAUGCUACAGAAGCUCAAGUCAUCUUCCCCUCCAAUGGAAUCGACUUAUAAUCCAUUAGCUCCUAGGCAGCCAAAUUUCUCAUCCUUUAGCGGCAUGGAGGGAUGUGCAUUUAAACAUUCCGAACCUACAGCAUUGCCUGCUCCUUUUUUCCCAUAUCAAGCUGGUUUUACUUCUCCAAGAUCAACAGCUCCUGCUCCUUUUCCUAAUAUGCAAAACAGAUAUCUGCCGCCUUUGCCAAUACCUGCAUAUCCAAGUUCAUAUUCAAGGAACAAAAUACAACAAACAGAUUCUUUACCUCCAAUUGGUGCUGCUGUUGAUGGCAUGGUUGAAGACUUCAAUGCUCUCUCAGUUAUGUCUGCUCCUGGGUCAAACAACCAUGGAAUUGAUAUUGGAGCCUUACCAAGACCAUUGGAAGGUGAUGUGGAGCCAACUUCUUUGGCUGAGUUGUACCCCAUGAAUUGCAAAUCAAGAUAUUUGCGGCUUACAACUUAUGCUAUGCCAAACUCCCAUGAUUUGGCCUCAAGAUGGCACUUCCCUCUUGGAGCAGUUAUUUGUCCUCUUUCUGAAGCUCCACACGAGGAGGCGGCCAUAGUCCAGCUUCUGACAACUAGCAUCCUCUGUUGUAAAAUAUGUGGUGCAUACAUGAAUCCCUACAUUACCUUCAUGGACGGUGGUCGACAAUGGCAGUGCAACAUGUGUGCAUCUCUAAAUUAUGUACCAGAAACUAAUGGGAAAAGAAUGGAUAUGGCUGAAAGACCUGAGCUGAUAAAUGGCAGCGUGGAAUAUAUUGCUGCUCAGGACUGUACGUCUCAGUCAAAAAAGCCAGUAUACUUUUUCCUGAUUGAUGUAUCACAAAAUGCUAACAAAAGUGGUAUGCUUGGGGUCAUAGCUGAUAUUAUUAGAUCAUGUUUGGAUAAGUUGGCCAGCUUCCCUGGGUCACAAAUUGGUUUCAUCACAUUUGACAGCAAGAUCCACUUCUAUGAUAUGACAUCAUCUUUCAACCAGCCACACAUGUUGGUGGUCUCAGAUGUGGAAGAUGUAUUUCUUCCUUCACCUUCUGGACUUCUUGUCAACUUGUCCAAAUCAAGAGCUCAAGUAGAUAUGUUCCUGGAUGCCUUACCUUCCAUGUUUCAGAAUACUUCCGAAGUUGAAUCUGCUUUUGGUCCUGCGGUUAAAGCAGCUGAUAUGGUUAUGGGUGAAAUGGGUGGCAAACUGCUAAUUUUCGAGAAUACAUUGCCAUCACUUGGUGCUGGAAGACUCUUGCUACGUCAUCAUUAUCACGGAGCAGAUAAAGAGCAUGAGAUAAGAUUACCAGGAGCUGCAUUCUAUUUUGAGAUGGCUUCUGAACUUGUAAAGCACCGAAUAGCUGUUGAUGUUUUCGUUUUCAGUGACAAAUAUGGUGACAUAGCCUCUCUAGGUGCUCUUUCAUCAUGUACUGGUGGCCAGGUAUACCACUACCCUAAUUUCACAGCUGAGCAUGAUAAAGAGAAACUGAGGUACGAGCUAGGCAGAGAUCUAAUGCGGGAAACAGCAUGGGAAGCUCUCAUGUGCAUUAGAUGUGGAAGAGGUUUGCGAGUGGCAUCCAUACAUGGGAACUGGAUGUUCGGAUCCACUGAUGGGUCAUCGCUUCCAGCUUUAGACUGUGAUAAAGCUUACACAGCUCUGUUUUGUCUUGAAGAAACAUUACAAACUCCAAUCACAUAUUUCCAAGUUUCAGUGGCAUACACCUCUUCUUCUGGAGAAAAGCGUGUCAGAGUUCAUACAGCAGCUGUGCCAGUAGUUACCGAGUUAAGACAAAUGUAUAGGCAUGCAGACACUGGCGCCAUUAUUUCUGUUUAUAGCAGACUUGCCAUUGAGAAAACUCUGUGUGAUAAAUUGGAGGAUGCCCGAAAUUUUCUUCAACAGCCAAUUGUGAAAGCUCUACGAGAUUAUCAAAGUUUUAUCCCAUUACAGAAUCGGCAAGGGGGGCAGAUGUUUUAUCCGGAAUCACUGAAAUAUUUGCCUUUAUAUGGGCUAUCUCUUUGUAAGUCAGAAGCGCUUCAGGGAGGUAGUGAUGGUCAUAUUGAUGAAUGUUGUGCUCAAGCGAAUGCUAUGAUGACUCUACCUGUUAAGAGAUUGUUGAAACUCCUUUACCCAAGUUUAAUUCGGAUCGAUGGCUAUCUCAUGAAUGCAUCCCCGAUGGUUGAUGAGUUCAAGAAAACCUGCAAAAGGUUGCCUCUUUCUGCUGAGAGCUUGGAUAGCAGAGGCCUGUACAUUUAUGAUGAUGGUUUCAGAUUUCUCAUAUGCUUUGGGAAAACAUUAUCACCGGAGAUUGCAACUAAUUUGCUUGGGAAAGGAUCUGCUGCUGAUUUUAAGAAGGUGAGCCUUUUUGAACAGGAUAACAACAUGGCAAGAAAGCUGCUCUUGAUACUAGAGACACUCAGAAAAGAAAACCCUUCGGAUCAGCUGCCUUAUCUCGUCAGAGAAAUGCAACAACCUGCAAUGCACUCAUUUCCUGGGGCAAAUCUUAUUGAAGACCCAGCUGUUCAUGGAUGUGGAUAUGCUGAGUGGAUGCUGAAAAUAUUCCAGCACAUUCAAUGACUUAACCGUAAGGCCUGAAAGUUGGUUCACUCAUGUCGUUCAAUGGUUUCAAAUGCUUCUCCACAAAAAGAGUGACUUCUAAUCCACUGUUUAGUUCUGCGGACUGGAGGCGCUGAGUCAGUUAACAGACCUCGUUUUGUUAAAGCAACUGCUUUCUUGCUACUGCAACGUUAUGAUAAAGCUUUCUAAUCUCUUGUAAACACUUUCUGCGAUGUGUUAGGAAAAUUACAUACUCCCUUCAUCAAGUCUCUGCCUCGCACACAGAAGCACAUAGACGUACUCCAUACUUACCAUAUACUCCCUCGGUCCCAUAAUUAUUGUCCAGUUUGAGUUUUCAUUUCUAGUUCAAAUUGUACUAAAAAUGAAAUCUCAAACUGGACAAUAAUUUUGGGACAGAGGGAGUA